AUGAUUGCCCAGACUCUCGAGAUUAACUGGCAUGACACCAAGGCCGUGUAUUCUACCGAUUUUUCAUCGGAUGGCAUGCGAUUUGCCACCGGAGGUGCUGACACGUCUGUCCGAAUCUGGAAUAUACAACGUCGACCAGGCACGAAUCAAGUGAAUGAACACAAAAAAUCCCACAAGUCGGGAAAUGCAUUACCAGUAGUAAUCGACUUUUUGUGUGAACUCAAACGACAUUCAGCACCAGUAAAUGUUGUCAGAUUCUCACCUACAGGCGAAUAUUUGGCAUCUGCAGGCGAUGAUACAUGUAUAAUUCUUUGGAGAUUGGCAACCAAUAAGGAUUCUGCAUUUGGCAGUGUACACAGUGAAUACGAAAAAGAAACUUGGACUGUAGUCCAGAUGUUCUAUGGACACACUAAGGAAAUUUAUGAUUUGUCGUGGUCACCGUGUGGACAAUAUUUCAUGACAGCAUCAAUUGAUAACACUGCACGUGUGUGGAGCAUAGCAGAAAAGACAAUGAUCCAUGUAUUUUCAGACCACACCCACUAUGUUCAGGGGGUAACCUGGGAUCCAUUGGGAGAAUAUGUUGCAACUCAAAGUAGUGACAGAUCGGUCGCUAUUUACAAGUAUCGCAAGGGACCCUUAGACAAACCCAUCUUCGGUCCUUGUUUCCGUAAGCACUACCGACAAGAGCGGCCCAAGACACAAAAGAGCGAAGGAUCCGAGGAAUUAACGUCCAGUAGGCUGUACCAUGAUGAAAAUCUGGUCUCUUUUUUUCGAAGAUUGUGGUUUAGUCCAGACGGAGCACUUUUGCUUACACCUUCAGGACUAUUCAAGAGCACUCCGGAAGGAACUACUGGUACCGGUGCUGGUACCGGUGCUGGUGCUGGCACUGGUAGUGAAGAAACUGUAGAAAGUGGGGCAGAUGAAGUUCGCAAUUGCGCUUACAUUUAUGGCCGAAAUCUACUUCAAAAGGGUCCUGUGGCAUACAAUGGAAAUCACCCAAAGCCAUCUACAGUGGUGCGGUGGUGCUCAAAGCCUUAUGAACGAAGAUCCAAACAUUAUAGAACUACAUUUGGACUAGAGUACCGAAUGCUGUAUGCGGUAGCGACGCAAGACACGAUCUAUAUACACGAUACACAACAGACGCGACCGAUCUGUGUCCUGUCCGGAAUGCACUACGCGCCCAUUAUGGAUUUGGCCUGGUCUCCAGAUGGUACAAUUUUAAUGUUUGCUUCGUCUGAUGGCUAUCUGUCUGCAGUGGUUUUUGCAGAUGGUGAAUUGGGCGAGUUAUAUACAGCUCCACCAGCUCCACCACCAACUCCACUAGCUUCACUUGCACCUUCGCCAUCAUCGAUAUUACCAUCGCCACAGAAACAAAUUGUGACUCCUCCUGCUGUUGCUCAGAUUGUGAAAGAUGUUGAGAUGACCGAGGGUGUCCGUACAAGUAAUAGUGUCCAGACAACGAUUGGCGAUCUUUUAGGUAUCACAGUGCGAACGGAGACUACUGAACGAAAGCGAACCAGUGAGGUGCAAACUGCUGGUCCCAAAAAGAGACGAAUUGCUCCUACCCUGAUCAGUGCACCCCGCAAGCUGUAA